AUGUCCUGUUUGAUAUGUCAGUUUGGUAAUGAGUAUGCUUACCGUGAUUUUGUUGAUAAUUAUGGUUUGAUGGUUGAUAUGAUGGUGAUGAUGAUGGUGGUGAUGGUGAUGAUAACGAGAUAUAAUGGUGGUGGUGUUGAUGAUGAUGAUGAUGAUGAUGAAAAUGAUGGUGAUGGUGAUGAAUCUGUGGCAAGAGAUGCAGUGAGAGUAAUCCGACAUGGUCCGGAGCUGUCAAUAAGUGAAAGUGAUUUGAAUGACUUUUUCGUCAUACUCCUCCGUUUACUAGAUGAAGUAUAUUCACUUACCCAUGAUGAUAAUCUCAUGGAGGCUGUGGCAAGAAUAAGGAAGCUUCAGUCAAAUACAUUGCCAAUAGCAAUUGCUGACAUAAAUAGAAUAUUUGACGAUGGUAUAAAGCAGAUGACUACAGUUGUUCCUAAAGAGAUGGUACAGAUAGGUCGAGAAGCAAUAGAGAAAGUAAGUGAAGUCCGUCAUAAAACUAUGCACGAGAUGCAUGGGUUUAUAGACGAAAGCGAAUGCAAGAUGCGAGAUUUGCAUCAAGAACUGUUACAUGAACAGAGACAUCUGCAUGAAGAGAUGAACCAAAGAAUGCGCAAAGAAUUUGAAAUCAAAAGAGAAAAAAUUUAUGAAGUAGCUGAUGUUUGCCAGGAUAAGCUGCAGAAGAAAGCAGAUGCUUUGUUAAAAAUGCAUAUGCUAUCUACAGAGUCUUCGAUCAAAGAACAUAGAGAAAUACAAUACGAUAAAGGGAAAACUUUUGUUGAAACGGAAAUUACUUUAAGUGAUGCGAUGAUAGAAAUUAAAGAGUGUGGUCAAAAGGAAAGAGAAAAAAUUGCACAGUUUGCACAAGACCAAAUAGAAAUUAUCAAAUCACAACAAACAAGCCAAAAACACUUUAACGAAACGAAGCAAUUACAACGCAUGAAUUUUGAAACUGGUGAUAAAACUUCGUUACUAGACCAUGAAGAAUAUCAUAGAAAUUGCGAAGAAAUGGAAACCGAGACGGAUAUGCUCAAACAAAUUUACGAGAAGGUUCCUGUUACGGUUCUUCUUGAAACAGCAAAAUGUAAUUUGCCUCAAGAUGAUUAUAUUUCAUACAAAGAUUUGGAAAACGUAAUAUCGAAUUCCAGCCACCAGUGGUUCUCAAGUGUCUUUUCAAUGAAAGAAGAGGAAAUCCUCGUCAAAUCUAGAACUCAUAAGGAACCAGUUUCAGCAGAAAUUAGUCCGACUCAGAUGGAAAAGGAACAAGGAAUUUCCAGCGAAGAUGGAAUACAAAACAAAUGCAUAGUGUGUAAAGAUAGGAAAAAAUCCAGCAUAAUAUUACCGUGUCGCCACUUCGUAACUUGCCUUGAUUGCCUGAGGAAACAAACUGCUUGUCCUCUAUGCCGAGGUGCUAUAAAGGAAGUUUAUAUUUAUCAAGAUGUAGUAGAUGAGCAGAAUUUGCAAGACGCUCCUUCUGAUGAAAUAAAUUAUGUCGACCAGACUGAACAGACUGAAGAUCGGGAAGAGUAUGAUACAUAUCUACAAAGACGAUACUUACGGAAGCAUACAGUUCGUUCUAUGAAAAAGGGGAUAUUUCCAGAUCAGAGGUUACUGAAUGAACUUUGCUUAGAGUUCGGCAGAAAAUCGAAAUUCUUAGUACAAUUAUGUUACAACAUAAGUGAACAUAUCAAGGCACUGGAUGAAAACAUAUUGCAUGUUUGGGCUGCAUACACAGUAAAAGACAGGAAUAAAAUUACGUUUGUGGUAGUUGUCAAAGAAAACGUCCGACUGGAAAAAACAAUACAGUAUUCUUUCGUUAAACGUGUGGUAAAUGAAUACAGUUUAGAAGCAGAACAUGUAAUGUACAACAACAAAGAGGUCUCCAUAGAUCAACAUGAUUUGCAAAGUCUGAAAACAAGCAUAAGCAAUCAUGCAACCGAACUAAUGAGAAAACACAAGUACCUGUCGAUUAUUUCUGGGAGUUCUGUAAGGUCAAGAAACUAUGGAAUCGAUCAAGCCGAUGCGGUCAAUUUAGUUGAACAACCUUGCAUUGUUUUGUAUGUACAUACAAAACACUUUAUUCCAAUUGAAGAAGAGCCUUUUGAGGAACUUUAUGAUGGUGUUCCAGUAGAUGUUAGAGAGGGUGAAUUCUUUCCCUAUAUGUUUGCUACAGACCACCAUGACAGACUUAGACAUAGCUGUCAGAUCGGUAGUUCACCAGAUCGUUCUCCGAAUGACAACAAUAGACUUUCGGGAAGUCUUGGGUGUUUUAUAGAUCACCCCGAGUACAAUUUGUGUGGACUAACAUGCGCACACGUUCUGCUGUUUCCAUGGGGAUUGGAAAAAGUUAAGCGAAACGAGAAUGGAACAUUGCGAUGGCCGUCUUUCAAGCCCCAUGACAUAGUGUAUCAACCGGCAGACUCAAAUGAAGCUAUUGGACAAAUUGUACAGGUUAUUUACCAGGAAGGUGGAAACAAUAGUUGUGGUCUAGAAGUCGCUCUAUUUCAAAUAGAUCAACGGCAACCGAUCGCUGGCAACUUUCCAACAAUGAGAAAUGCAGGAGGUGAUGAAGAAAGUCUUUUCGACUCAGGAAAAUCAUGUGGCUUUUCUCACAUAGGAGAUGAUGAGGCAAUUAAAUUCGGUCCAGUUACUGAUAAAACUACCGGCAGGUUUGAACUAGAAACUCAUACAACUUGUGUCAGAACUAUUAGUGAGUAUUGGGAUUAUGAUCAAUUUAGAAUAACACUUAACAAUCAGUUAUGUGUCAAAUCAACUGACUCAAAUGGACAGCCCAAACCUUUUGCUGCUAAAGGGGAUUCAGGCUCUCUUGUAUUUAUUAAAGACUCCUGUGGCGAGCUUGUGAGUGUAGGAAUAGUGGAAGGUGGAACAUCGUAUGGCGCAACGAUAGUAACACCAAUAAAACCUAUCCUACAGAGGAUUGGGGUGCAUAGUAUAAAAAGCUUCGAAAAGGAGAAGAUCGAGCAAAAGCUCGAUAACAUAGACAACAGACUUCAAAGUAUAACUGAAUAUUUAGAACAGAAACUAGGUGGUAACAAAUAG